ACUUAUGAAUAAUGAAUGAGUAUUUCAUGCUUCCAUUGAUAGAACUAGAGAUGCCUUAGUACGGGCUUUUUUGUUUGCUCUUAAGCGACAAACAAAGCGAAUGAACCAUGAGAUUCUCCUCUUUGAUUCUGAUAACACUCUACAAUUGUCUAAUCGUAAUCGCAAGCAAUCAACAAGAUAAAAUGUGCAAGAUAAUGGCGCUCACGGACGUCCAUAAUAGAAAACUUCUUAAAAAUCACACUACAUUCAACAUUACGGGGAUCGAUGAGGAGAAUUGCAGCGUGAAAUGCUAUCUGAAUGACUUUUGUCAGUCAACCAUCUAUAACCACACGUCCAAGACCUGUCACAUCAGCACGUCAACUCGUCACCAGCAUCCGGGUGACUUUGUGGAUGAUCCAGAAACCUCUUAUAGAGGAACAGAGAAUGAUUGCAUUCCUGGAUCAUGUUCUGCGGACAGAAUGUGCAAAGCGGACUUUACAGUUGGCGGAUUUUCGUGUGUUUGUCCAGUCGGAUCAUCAACAUGCGUUCAUACAAACUGCGCUGAGGUUCUGUCCGGUGGGGGUACCACUAGCGGGGUGUACAUGGUGGAUCCUGACGGACAGGGAGCAUUCCAGGUCUUUUGUGACCAGGAAACCUUUGGGGGUGGCUGGACCGUGUUCCAGAGACGCCAAGAUGGCUCCGUGGACUUCUGGCGAGACUGGGCCGAGUACAAAAACGGGUUUGGUGAUCUCCAGGGAGAGCAUUGGCUAGGACUGGACCGAAUCCAAAGGCUGACCAAUGCAGUCGCUACCGAGCUGAGAGUGGAUAUGGAAGCUGACGCGGGGGAGACGGCGCAUGCUCAGUACGGUCACUUUUCAAUCGCAGCGGAGUCUGACAUAUAUCGACUGAGUGUGGGCGGCUACAGUGGCACGGCUGGAGAUUCCUUCGCCGCAAGGCACAACAACGCAGUUUUCUCAACAAAAGACCGAGACAACGACUCGUGGAACCCUUCGUGCGCUGUAAGAUUUAAGGGGGCGUGGUGGUACACUGAUUGCCAUGACAGCAACCUGAACGGGUACUACUAUGGCGGACCCUGCCCGUACGCCGAGGGCCUGACAUGGAAAGCUUGGAAAACCCAUGAGUACUCACUGUUGCGCACAGAAAUGAAGAUACGGCCAAAAGGUUUCACACCUUGAGAUUAAAUUAAACAGUGACGCGUCUUAGACACUGAAGGGUAGCACUCAAAUAAAUAAAUAAAUAAAUAAAUAAAUAAAUAAAUAAAUAAAUAAAUAAAUAAA